CAUGGUAUCUGCAGAUGCAAAUUUCCAACAAUAGCACAGAAAAGGGUUUUCUAGGUCGCUGGCCCUCCAUAUGUUACCAGCAAGAGUGGAAUUUUGUGAGGACAAAAUUGAGAGAGAGGAAGAAAGAAAGAUGGAAGGAUUCGAUUGUUUUCUUGUUCAGCUACCAUGUACUUGUUUUUGACCGGGAAGCUUUUUUUAGCCUGCGAAAUUAUGAAGCCUGUUUCAUCAUGGAGCAUACCACUCUCAGCCUCCAGCCUUAUCGCAAUCGUAGAGUUGCGUUGCCAUUUUGAUGUUGCUGAUAAAGAUCUAGAAGUGUGAUUGACAUUUGGACGCGAAUUGGCAGCUCUAGAACUACGCAUCUCUCGAAAUGGCGGCGAGGUUUUCGAGAUUGUUUGAUGAUUGGGAUCAGGAUCAUAGGGAUAUAACUAUGCUAGAGUAUGGCUCUAGUGUUAACGACUCACCACCGAGAUAUCAUUCUCGGCAAAACAGCAGCACAGAAUAUAUAUCUCCGUCAGCAGAUCUAUCCGAGAGGCCAGAUUUACCAGAACCAGUCCUCGAAUCUACAACUCCUUUUUCACCAUUCGACGAUGGGAUAUCAACUCGACGUUUACUGGAUGGUAGAGGAAGUUAUGCCUCUAGUUACAGCCCAUCUUUUCCCUCCGCACACGACUACCAAGCUUUGAAAGAUGUAGGUCGAGAUAGUAUUGUAGAUGAUCCAUCUCCAAGCGAAGCACGUCUGCGAAAUGGCUCUGGCGUGACUUCGAAUAUGAAGAGGAUGUGGACGAAAUCGACAGCUUUCACAAAACCCCGUCCUCAAUCUUCAUUUGAUGGACAUUUUGCGCAGGGAAAAGAUGGUUUAAGAUCAAUGGCGGGGUUUACACUUCUUUGUGCGAUUGUUAUGUUUAUCAUAAUGAUUGUGUACUUACCUGCGUUUAAUUCUCGGUUGAAUAAACAAAGUACGAGUGUCGGCGGAAAGGAAGGGGAAAGCUGUGAGAGUAUGGAGAGGAGGAAUAUUGCUGUUCAUCUGUUCAUCAACAUUGCAGCGACUAUGAUUCUGGGUUGUUCAAACACCUAUCAGCAGUUGGUAACUGCUCCGCUAGUUGAGGAGAUUCCAUUCAUUCUCUCGAAAAAUGGUGAUGCAAAAUGCGGUACGAACUCACCCUGGAAUAUCAAUGUUAAGAAAUCAGGAAAAUUAAAGGCUUGGGGAUCAUGGUUAUUACUUAUUUGCACUUCAAUUGUAUGUUUCAAGCGAGCUCUCGAUGAAGGGGUACUUUUGUUGAUUGUUUUACAGCCAAUUCAUUUCCUCGCAAAUUCGGUCAUUGGACCUUCGUUUUAUGUUGAGAUGCCAACGAAUGUUACGUAUCUGUACAAUCAAACUUUCUCUCUGAAUUCUUAUCAAGCGUACUACUACGAUACGUCUUCCCACUUGGCAUCGUAUGACUCUGCAUGCUGGACUGCUUUUAGAGCUGGGUUAUAUGUUUUGCCUAACAACAUGUCUCAAUUGAGUGACCAAUACAAUACUAAUGCCCUCGGAAACUCGACGUCUUUCGAAACCGUUUUGGUCACCUACAAUCAGAAUUGUACAGAAUAUAAAGGAACAGGCACUGUCGAUGAAGCCCUGGCAGAGGUCAAUUACACUGGCUCGUAUGCUUGGUCGGGCCAGUAUUCCAAAGGGAACUGUGCCUUGCGACGAGGUGUUUAUUGUGAACUCCAAGACCAGCUACCUAAGAAAUGUCGAUUGAAUGUUCGGAUGCAAGCUUGUUUCACACUUUUCGGGUGUCUCCUAAUUAAAGCCAUGUACAUGAUCGGACUGAAUUAUCGAGCGAGACACAGGGUUAAGAAUCACUGCUUGACGUAUGGAGAUGUGAUAGUUGCAUCUGUCAUAAAUCCGGAUUUGAAAAUUCAUAAUGAAUGCUUACUCAAUUCUGGAGAUGGUUAUCGACAUAAGGUGUCACACCAAUGCCAUAAGCAUUGUAAAGACCUCAUUCCUUCGACGACGGGUGAUAAUAUAGGUCACUGUCAGAAAUGCAAGAAGUUCAAUGAGACUGACAAAGCUGCUGAUUUACCGCAUCCAAGCAUAGCAAUCAAAUACAAACGCUCACUCCUCUCCAAUCUUGGUUCCACCGCCAUCACUCAGAUGAUUAUCCUGAUGUUUUGCUCCUUCGCCAUGGCUGGCGUGUCCAUCAUGCUCAUUACUCUCAUGGUCAGCAAGACAACAGAUUACAACCAUUACUGUCGCAAUCCCGAUUAUAACCGCGAGUACUACAGAGAGUGUGAUAUUUCACUCUCGCAAACUCUCAAGGAAAGCUUUGGAACCUGGGGGGGCUUCUCUUCUAGCGUCACGUUGGCAGCGCUUCCUUCUGACAAGAUCAGUAGUGAAUUGAUUGCCUUUGCUAUCUCCAACGGCGCACAGUUUCUUUUCAGCUUGCUUUAUUUAUUGCUUAUCUAUAACAUCACUCUCAUAUCCAUGGAACACGAAUGGGGCACCUUCGAAACCGAACGCAAAAAGCCCAGAGCUACCAUCGUAUCGGGAACCCCAUUUGAGCAAUCAUAUUUUCUGCAACUGCCCUCCAAAAUUCUUCUCCCUCUCAUGACCUUUGCAGCAGCCAUGCACUGGCUCCUCGGCGAAUCAAUAGCAACCUUCGAAUCCAUCUACACGGAUCCAGCAUAUGGGGUUGAACACUCGGUCUACUAUGUCACGUAUGCCGCGUACCCAAUCUUCCUGAGUACGGUGUUGAUGAUUGGCCAGACGGCGAUUUGUUGGUGGGCUUUUACGUAUCGGAGAGAGGGAUUCAUUCCGCAGAUGUAUGGGAGUAUUCGGGCUUGUUGUGCGAGUACGAGUGAACUUGAAGAUUUUGGGAGGGGGGGCAUUCAGUGGGGGGAUUUGGGAAUGGGUGAAAGAUUUAGACAUGCUGGUUUCUCGGCUGAUGAACCGGGUAAAAUCAUCCCCGCAGAACUCUACUGCGGUCGUGGGUAACAACCAAUAUCCAGUUCCUAAUUCCCAAUACCCAAUCCCUAAUUCCUAAUUCCCGAUACCCAUGUACAAAUAUAAACAAACAAACAAACAAACCCACCGAUUUAAUACCCAAUUACGAAGUUAUGAUUUGGAAAUUAUAUAUAGUCGUUUGUUUUAUUUUUGUCUAGUUGUGGAUUUGCGAAUUGAAUGAAUCGAGAUGAAUUGAGUUGAGUUACCUAUAUACCUAGGUCGGGACUUUGUAUUUAUAUUUGUAUUUAUAUGUAUAUGUAUAUUUCACACAUGUUAUAAUUAUAAAUAGCAAGCAUGAAGACAUAACAACAAGAGGGAGAAUAUCCACUCUAUUAACAAUAUCAAA